AUGCCGUUCGUGCGCUACCGAAAGGUCGUGAUCCUGGGAUACCGCUCCGUCGGUAAAACAUCUCUUGCUCACCAGUUCAUCGAUGGGGAAUUUCUGGAGUGCUAUGACCCCACGGUGGAAAGCACUUACAACAAAAUGUUGAUGGUGGGAAAGGACGAAUUCCACUUGCAGCUUGUGGACACUGCAGGACAGGAUGAAUACACUAUCUUGCCUCACUCUUUUAUCAUUGGCAUCCAUGGCUAUGUGCUGGUCUAUUCCGUCACAUCUCUCAGAAGUUUUCAGGUGGUAAAGUCCCUGCACAGCAAGUUAUAUGAAAGCAGAGGGAAGACAAGGAUGCCAGUAGUGCUUGUUGGCAAUAAAGCUGAUCUGUCAUUAGAAAGUCGUCAGGUGAAGACAGAUGAAGGCAGGAAACUUGCUGAUUCUUGGGGUGCUGUGUUCUUGGAAUCCUCAGCAAAAGAAAACCAGAUGACUCAAGGAAUCUUCACAAAGGUCAUUGAAGAAAUUGAUCGUGUGGACAAUUCUUACGGUGAACAGCGCAAUUGCACCAUGAUGUGAUGCUCCUUUCCCCCACCUGAUGCUGCUUAGCCAGUGGGAGGGUGGGGGUAAAUCAGCAGAUCCAUGCCAACUCAGGGCAGGUAUUGUGGCUACCUGGAGCUCUGAAGAGCAGGUCUGAAGUAGCUUACGGGUAACUCACAUGCAGAUACA